UUUAAGUAAAUAAACAUAUUAGUUUUCGGCGCUUAGUUUGUUGCUUCUUUGUGGAGUUUCGGAUCAAAAUUAAUUGUUGGCAAUUGUAAGAUGGAUAGUUUGGAGGCUAAGGAACUGGCAAGCAGCAGCAAAGUAAUGGAAAACCAUGUAAAAGAGAGCGAAAACGACAAAAUCACCGGCAUUCCAACCGAAGAAGAAGAACAAGUUAUUCCACUGAAGAAGAAGAGGACUGAAGAGGGAGGGGGAGAGAUAAAGAAGGUAGCAUGCGAGAAAGAGACAGUGCAGCGGGAAAAGUGCCAAGACAAGAACACCUGUAGAUGCUCCCAACUGGAGGCGGAGCCCAUCAAGGACAACCGCCAGCUGCUGGAGUUCCGGGUGCGGAGCCGGGACAUCGACUGGCGCCGGUACGUCCUGCCACUGGACACCAGCGUUCGAACGACACCCGUCUAUCUGGACCGCCAGGCGGACUUCGUGGGCAGCCCACGGCGCCAGGUGACCGAGGACAAUCGCAGGGAACUGCUCGUCUGCCACGACAUGAUGGGCAACUACCUCGAGGAUCGGCACUUUCACAGCUCCCAGAAGUACGACGACUAUCGAUUCGUGCACUGGUCAGCCGUGGAUUACUUCUGUUACUUCAGCCACGACUACGUGACCAUUCCGCCCUGUGGUUGGCUGAAUGCCGCCCAUCGCCACGGAGUUCCGGUGGUGGGCACGUUCAUCGUGGAGGCUACCGCACGGCUGGACGAGUUCCUGGCCACCGAGGAGAGUGUCGAGAGCACCGUGGAGGCUCUAACCCGUCUCUGCGAGCACUUCGGCUUCGAGGGAUGGCUGGUCAACGUGGAGGUGACGGUUCCACAGACCAAAAUGCCCAGUCUAUACCGCUUUGUCCGGCAACUGACGGUCGCCACGGAGUCACGUGUGCCACAUGGACGUGUCUUUUGGUACGACAGCGUUACGGACGACGGCCAACUCCGGUGGCAGAACGAGCUCAACUCCCGCAAUGCGGAGUUCUUCCGGCACAGCCAUGGAACGCUCAUAAACUACGCGUGGGACGAGGGCCAUCUGGAGCGGAGUGCUCAGCAGGUCAGGAGGGAGCAGUCGCCCCGCCAUCGCGUUUUCAUGGGCCUGGAUGUGUUCGGAAGAAGUCGCAAGGGCGGUUUCCAUAGUCGGGAGACCAUGGAGCUUAUUGCAAAGAACGGCUUCUCGGCGGGCAUCUUUGCACCCGGCUGGACCUUCGAAACCCUCAAUCGCUUUGGGUACAACAUCAAAAAUCCGCGCGGAGAUGACCAGGUGAACGCAUCCUUCUUGGCCAGAAACGAGGCGUGGUGGACUCGCAUUUGGCCCACAUUGGCCACGCAUCCGUACACUUCGCUACCCUUUUUCACGGACUUUUGCGUGGGUUCCGGCCGGGCGAAAUUCGAGCGAGGUUGGCGGAUUUCGGGAGAGGAUAGCCCCUUCUUCAAUCUAUCGCGGCAAUCGCUGCAGCCGUCCGUGCCGCUGGACAGGAAUGCUAUGCAUCAUUUCGACGAGGCCUACUCGGGCGGUUGCUCCCUACUGGUGACCAACUACGAGCGGGCCUUCCGGCUUUUUGUCACCGACUUCGAACUGACCCGCGGCGUUUUGCUCCUUAGGUAUAUCUUCAAAAUCGACGGUGAUGCAGUCGCCACCAUGUUGGACUUGCUAGUGCGAGUGACACCGCUCCGUAGGAAUGACCAGGACUUGCACCUCUUCUGCGGCGACUAUGAAGGCUCAAUCGUUGCUCCACAGCGCUGCUACCUAUCGCCUCUCGAAAGCGACCUGCCCAGCGGUCUUUUCCGCUUGCACCAGGAUAGCGGCUCCUUGGCAGCGGGCUGGCAGAUGCGCGACUAUCUGGUCAAGUUCGAUGGACCCGUCAGGGUUCAGGAUAUCGGAGUUAAGUGGCAGCGGCCGGCGGAAUCGAGCACGGAGGCAAAGCUGGGUGUCGUUUAUGUGGACGGCUUGUCGCUGGAGGAUUUAAGGGGCACUUGGACAGAUAUUCCGGUCUACAGCAAACACAUGUGGAAUGAGCAGCGUGCUUGAAGCCCAAGUUGCUUGAGUAAAUAAGAACUUAAUUUUUUUAUACAUUACAAAAUUGUGCAAUUAAUUACUUUUAAUGUUCGCGCUGUUGCAGUGUUUAAAGUAAUAAUAAAUUAAACGAUAUUGUUGAUCAUCCAA